CUACAAUGUCACAUGUAAUCUGAUUCCAUAUGUUAAGUCACAGCUUGUCAGUUGCUGGCUGACCAGCUGAGUUCCUCUCACUCUGACACACAUUGCCUGAUGGACACUGUGGGAGCUCUGGGCAGCCCCACUGGGGCCAACUCCAAUCUGCUGGGCUUGCCAUCACCCUGCCCCUGGGACGAGGAUGACGAGUCUCUGGGUCGGGAAGGAAUCUGGCCUAAAUCUUCUCCCGUACCGAGGCGACGAAGUUCAGCGUCCUCCGACGACUCCCAGCCUCCCCCUUCCAGCAGCCGGAGGGUGUCCUUUGCCGACACCUUUGGUUUGAAUCUCGUCUCUGUGAAACAAUUUGACGCCUGGGCUGUAACCGUACCGCCGGAGAGCCACUUGAACGAAACAAAGGAGUACUUCAUGGUUCCUCUCUUCGUUCUCCCACAGACCAGACUGGAGCUUGAAAAGCGGGUUCUUGAGAAAAAGAUAGAACUAGAGAAUCUGGAGCUGCUUCCCGGGACUACGACCCUUCGAGGAGUCAUCCGUGUGUUGAACCUGUGUUUGGAUAAGAUGGUCUAUGUACGUACUUCUUUGGAUUCGUGGAGAAGUCAUUUCGAUCUGUUAGCUGAAUAUGUUCAAGGGUCGCACGAUGGGGAGAUGGAUUGCUUCUCUUUCAAGCUCACGCUGGUACCUCCGUUUGGAGAGGAGGGUGCGAGGGUUGACUUCUGUUUAAGAUACGAAACAUCUUUGGGCACCUUUUGGGCCAACAACAAUGGAAACAAUUUUGCUAUGUAUUGUUGUGAAAAGACAAAGGAGAAACCUCAAAAUGAGAGUGAAAGCAGAAGAAAAAGCUGUAUCAGAGGAUCAAGCUCAAAUGUCUCUGCUUUGACAACAAAUAACAUGGAAUAUCCAGAAAUAAAUCUAAAUUCUGGACAGGCCACUGGCCCUGAACCCCAAAAUACUAAUGCUGCGGAGCUUCAAAAGGAAAGCAAAGAAUUAUUGGAGGAAAUGAGCAGAAACCGUAGUCGAAGGAACAGACGAAAGGCAGCGCGGUUGACAAAAGUCAAGGAGCACUUUGCUCGGAGAGAAGAGGAGGAGAAACAAGGGACCAAGACAAUAGGAAGUGAGGUCACAGCUGAAAACAGCGUGCAGGAACAUGCAUCAGUCCCGGCAAAGGAAUCAUGUAGCCUUUCACAACAAACACCUCCUGGACCACCAACAUGCAACCAAAUAUCACCUGCACCAGCUGAGUGCCUCGAAUCUCCUGAGCACAAAGAAGAUUCCACAUAUACUGUCACAUUCAAGCAGCGAGAUCUAGAGCAACAUGUGCAAGAUGACGUGAUCCACUCUGAGCCAAAUCCAUCCACAGCACAGACAGAUUCAUACCUGGAUGAAACAGAUGACCUCAGUGACCAACUAGUUUCAGUAAAUCCGCCUGUACUGGGACAUCAACAAGACUUGUCUACUGGCAAAGAUGUUGAGAAAGCAUGGGAGGACUUUGAGCAGGAUGCUAAACAACGAAUUAGGUGUAAAAUGUAUAAAGAGGAGAAUACUAGUAAAGAGAAACCAGCACAUAGAGAAAAUGUGAGUUUAAAAACAAACCACUCGGUGUCACAGUUCUUUUCCCAGAACUAUGUGUUUGGAACAGUUGUCGCUCCGCUUUAUCAUCAGGUUUUUAAAAAUAUCCAAUUUGAGAGGAAAGACUUCAUUCAGAGAGCAUUUCAAGAAGACAGGACAUUUAAGGAACUGAAUGACGGGAGUCCAAGAGCAGUCACCUCCCCUGAGAGCGAUCAAGCACCAAUAAGACAAAACACAGAAACUGGGCUAGAGUCAUGUGUAUCUACAAAACAGAAACAACAUGAUGGUGAAUCAACAAAACAGAACCCAGCAAACACAAAGAAGGAAACAAAAAAAUCUCUUUCUGAUUCGUAUAGAAAUAAAGAUGUUCAGGGGGCAGUAUCUUCUCAUAGUUGUAUCAAAGAGCACUCAACAGACCCUACAAAUAACCAACGCCAAACUAAGGUUGAGACUAUAUCUUUACAAACUAAUGUAAUUGGGAACAACCUGUCUCUGAAUAUAAGCAACCAGUUUCCCAAAGAAAACCAAAAUCCUAGGAAUACUAGCUUUGUGGUGCCACAAAAUGAUUUUAAUUCUUUCCCAACUCAAACCCAACAACAAAUGACAUCCAUUUUGAACCCAAACCAUGUAGAAUUACCCAAAGUGUCAUUUCAGAAAGAUCUACUGAGAUUUCAAAUCUCUCCACCAUGCCAUUAGUGCAAAA